AUGUGCAAGAACCAACGCGGUCUACGCAUUCACCAAGGGAAAUCAGGUUGUCAACGUGUGAGGUCAAAAGGACAGCGCAUAGCCAUCUUGGCUAGUGAGACGCAAAAGUACUCCAGUCUGGAUUCAACCCACAGUACUGAAGAACUCUCCGUCCAGGAGACCUCACAAGAUGCCUUCCGAAAUCUCGAGGUGGAUGAUGACCCCCUUUUAGAGCUCUUACAGACUCAAAACAGCCCUGAAGCAAGCCAGGCGACCGGUCCAGAUAGACCAAAGCAAGACACUGCCACUAGAACCAGGAAACCAAGGAUUAAGUGGCCCAAGGCUUCAGACAAGACAUCGUGGACCCAACUGGACGAGGACCUAGAUAACAUCCUCGAAGCAUCCAUGCAAGGACCAGUAGACCGAAAGCUGUCCACCCUCACAACCUUGAUAUAUUCAGUAGGCAAGGAGAGGUUUGGACUAGAAGAGGAGAGAGUGCGAAAGGAACCUCGAAGACCAAACAGGCGGCAAGUCCGCAUCCAGAACUUGAGACGUGAACUCAAGCAGCUGCGACGAAGAAAGACACGGGAACUGGCAAAGAAGAGGGCAGCCUUCACAGCCAACACAAACAAGUUCGGCAGAUCUCUUCUCGACAAAGAAAGGUCAGGAAAGUUGGAAACUCCACUAGAGGAAGUAGAGAACUACCUUCAUGUGACCCAUUCUGACCCCAAUCGAGAGGACGUGCUAGGAGACUGCGACCGAAUAGAUCCAGCGAAGGAACCCGAAAAACAGCAGAAUGCGACGGAACCAACGCUAGGCGAGGCGAAGGAAGCUGUGAAAAAGGCCAGAGCUGCCUCAGCGCCAGGACCCAAUGCCAUCCCGUACAAAGUGUACAAGAUGUGCCCACUACUUCUCAAGCGUCUAUGGAGGCUUCUCAAAGUAGACUGGAGGAAGGAGGAUGUACCAGAGGCUUGGAAAGAGGCAGAGGGGAUAUUUACACCAAAGGAACGCAAUUACAAGACGAGCUGUAUAGAGCACACCAGUGCUAUCACACACCUAAUAAGUGAAGCAAAGGAAGGGAGGAAAGAUCUCACUGUAGUUUGGCUCGACUUGGCCAACGCAUACGGGUCCAUUCCACACCAGCUCAUCUAUACAGCGCUCCGACACUACCAUGUGGACGGCCAUAUACAGAAAAUCAUCACCAGUUACCUGGAUGGAAUCAAGCUCCAGUUUACUGUUGGUGACCAGCUAACAAGAUGGCAGAGGUUGGAGAAAGGAAUCGUUACUAGCUGCACAGUUUCCGUGGUUCUCUUCAUCAUGGGGAUGAACCUGCUGAUAAAUGCUGCCCAACGAGAGACACGUGGACCAAAGACCGUGUCAGGAAUAUAUCUCCCAUCUAGCAGAGGCUUGAUGGAUAACCUCACAUUGACGACAAUAACACAUGUCCAAGCUAGAUGGAUGUUGACAGCCCUGACGGAUGUCGCUUCAUGGGGAAGAAUGAAGUUCAAAGCAGCAAAAUACAGAUCCCUCGUCAUAAAGAAAGAAUACGCAACAGAGAGGUUCAAACUUUACGUGCAGAACGAAGAGAUUCCUUCCAUAGUGACAAGUCCAAUCAAAUGCCUGGGCAAGUGGUUUAAUUUAAGCCUACAAGAUCGCGACAAUAUCAAGAAGUUAGAGCAACAGGUAGAGGAGGGUCUCAAGAAGAUAGACUGCUGCGGACUACCCGGCAAGUUCAAAGCUUGGCUCUACCAGCACGCACUGCUCCCAAGACUAAUCUGGCCGUUUAUGCUUUACAAGGUACCCAGCACAACAGUGAAAGCACUGGAGAGAACCACUAGUCGACACCUCAAGAAGUGGCUAAUAGUUCCACCCAGCUUUACCAGUAUUGGACUCUACGGGAAGAGCAACAAGUUACAGCUCCCGCUAUCUUCACUGGUAGAAGAGUUCAAGACAGCAAAAGCAAGACUUGUGUUGACCUUGAGGGACUCUCCGGAUGAGCUCAUCCGGGAGGCAGGGAUCCAAACCCGAACGAGCAGGACAUGGUCAGCGACAGAGUCUGUGAGCCAGGCAGAGAACGCGCCCAAGCACAAAGACAUUGUCGGAGUGACUGCUGUUGGACGUGAAGGAAUUGGUGCGAGAAAGGUGGUACUAUGGAGCCGAUCAGACCAGAAAGAGAGGCGUGCGAUGAUCCAGUCUGAGGUCAGGAGAGUAGAAGAAAAUGCCAGACAAGCAAGGGCUGUACAAAUGGGAGCGCAGGGAGCAUGGACCACAUGGGAAACCGCAGACAGGAAGUUGACCUUGGGAGACAUCUGGAAAGAGUUGGCUGACUGGCUAGAGAAGGAACGAAAGAAGAAACGUGGUAAUUACACCCGCCAUGGGCACAUCGCUUUCGUCAAAUCGGGUGAGACCAUGAAGACACAGAAACCAACAAAAGCAUCAAUUCUUGAUGGCACGAGAAACUGGAAGAUGGAAGUUGACCUUGGUAGAAGGCAUUUUUUCCCAAACGUGGUUCAGACGUCCCUACGACCAGAUAGUGUACUGUGGUCUGAGACAGGAAAGAAGCUCGUCGCCAUAGAGCUGACAGUACCAUGGGAGUCCGUACACAGGCUGAUGACAGCAGUUGGAACUACUGGCAGGGAGAGACAAGUGGCUGUUCAGAGACUGAGCCAAGCAGCUGAACGGGCAUCAAGCUGGCUGUGGCUAAGGCGAGAGGAGAAGAGCUGGAGGCAAUCAACCAACACGCAGUGA